AUGGCACAGAGACUCUACCCCAAACGCUGCAGCAGCACCUCAGCAGAAACAGUAGCCAACAUAGAAGAACUCCUCACCGAAAUCCUUUUGCUUCUGCCAGCUAAACCACUGGUCCGCUUCAAAUGUGUCUCAAAGCAUUGGCUCUCUCUUAUUUCCAACCCCAAUUUUUGUCACCGCCACACCCUACAAUACCCAAACUUCUCCAUCUCUGCUGUCUUUUCCGACAGCUGCGAAGACUUCUCUUUCAUCCCUUUUCCUCCUCAUCAUGAUCCUAGCGGUAUAUACCAUGGUUACGGCCAUAACCACAGUUCACCUCGCUGGUAUCCUCUUGAUGUCAUUGCAAACCAAUAUGGCUGCAUCAGGAUUAUCAACUCCUGCAAUGGCCUCUUCUUGUGUCUGCCCAUUGUUGCAACAAGUAUUAGUAGAUCCCCAUAUUUUGUUCUCAAUCCCACAACUAGCAAGUUCUUGACACUCGCAAUUCCCCCAAUUAGUGAUGGCCAGCAAGUAGAAAACCAUAUCCUUGGCUGCUCUUUGGCUUUUGACCCUUCCAAAUCACCCCAUUACAAGGUUAUCUGCCUUGAAACUACAACUGGAUCAGAUUACCAAGUACAAAUAUACUCAUCUGAGACUCGAAGUUGGAGGCUUGUUAGUUCUUCUUUCAAGAUCCAAGAUCAUACGAUUCAUAUCUGCUACGAAAAGGGCGUCUACUUCAACGGCGCAGUUCACUGGGUAGGCCUAUAUUGUGAGAUGUCAUACUUACACAUCGAUGAAGAGCGUGUUGAGUUCGUUCAGAGUCCUCCUCACUGUCGAGAGAAGAACCCGGAACGAAGGGAGUAUAGAUACUUUAAAGAGACGAGUGGCGGUCAUUUGCAUCUCAUUGAUAUUUAUUGGCCUACUCAGGCUGGUUAUGGAUUUGAAGUGUUGGAGAUGGGAAGAGACUACUCUGGCUGGUUCGUCAAGUACAAUGUUGAUCUUAGAUCUUGCCCUCCCAGCAGACAGUUUGUUGUUCUCUUUCUUGAUCGAGACGAAAAUGAAGAAGGGGACGGUUCAUCUCUGUGGCUACAUUAUCCUGGUCAAGUCGUCUCGUGUAAUCUUACGAGUAAUACUUUCAAUUUUUUUGAGUUAACUACUGAUCACUGUCUCCUUGUUGAAUCUGACAAUUUUCCGUUUAAGGAGACUUUGACUUGUGUGUAA